UACGAUCGCACAAUUAGCCUGAUAUGUCUGAGCUUCAAUCUGUACUCCUUGUUGGAGGAUCAGGAUUCUUGGGACUUCACUUGAUUGAGCAGUUCACCAAAGGAUGUCCAAAAACAAAGAUUCAUGUGUUUGACAUUCGCCCAAUUCCCGACACCAUUUCAAGCUACUUUACCUUCGACAAAAGUUCGAUUCGGUUUCACAAAGGUGAUUUAACCUCCCCUGAAGAUGUGGCAGCAGCUAUAAAAGCCUCAAAAUGUGAUGUAAUCGUUCACUCGGCUUCUCCUGUUCAUGGGAAUUCUGAUUCUGUAUAUCAGAAGGUCAACGUUGAAGGCACCAUCAACUUGCUUGAAACGGCUAAAAAAUUGAAAGUGAAGGCCAUGGUAUACACCUCCUCUGCUGGUGUUAUCUUCAACGGAGAGGAUAUACGUAAUGCUAAUGAAAGUUGGCCAUAUCCAAAAGUCCACAUGGAUGGUUAUAAUAGAACAAAAGAAAUUGCAGAACGAGCCGUUAUGGCUAGUAACUCCGAAGAUUUCUUGACUGUAUGCUUGAGACCCGCUGGUAUCUUUGGCCCAGGAGAUAGGCAACUUGUCCCUGGUCUCAGAGAUGUUGCCCGUGCUGGUCAAUUCAAGUUUCAGGUUGGUGACAAUAAUAACCUCUUCGAUUGGACCUUCGUAGGAAACGUUGCUGAUGCCCAUGUCCUUGCAGCACAGAAAAUUUUGAUUCCUUCAAAAGCAAGUUUAAUAUCUGGGCAUACAUUCUUCAUUACUAAUGAUGAACCUUGUUAUUUCUGGACUUUGGCAAGAGCUGUUUGGAAGGCUGAUGGCUUCGUCGCUGAUAGAAAUAUUGUGAUAAGUAAGCCAAUUGGUAUCUUAAUUGGGUUCAUCAGUCAGAAUAUUGCAAAGCUCACAGGAAAAGAAGGAGGUUUAACGGUGUUUAGGGUCAAAAUCUCUAAUGCCUAUCGUUACCAUGAUAUUUCGAAGGCUAAAGAACUCUUGGGCUACAAUCCUGCUGUCAGUAUUUCAGAGGGAAUUAGAUACACUUUGGACUGGAUGAAUGAAUAAGUAAUUUUGUUUGACUUAAAUUAAAUAGGUGCAUAGUAAAAGUGACAACCCCAAGCAUAUUGAGGUAACUAGGCUCACGUCCAAUAAAUUGGAAACAGCACUUGAACUGCUUUUCGUGAUGUUAG